AUGGAGACAUACAGCCUCCUCAGCCCUGCAGCAGAAUUGCACCUUCAUAAAAGGAAGGAUACCCUUAUGAAGGACCUGGAGCGAGAGAGGAUGAUUCGGUCAGAAAUGGAACAUAAACUCCAUUCCAUGACAGAGGAUAACAACAAAUGCAGGUCACGUCUUCACUCCCUCCAAGAUGAGUUCAAAAGGAUGGAGGAGACUGUGAGAAAUAUGAUGCAGUAUAAAUCUAAGAUUGACCAGCUGAAGCAAGAAAAGUCCAGUCUAUCCAUCACUUAUGAGAACAACAUGCACAAGUACCGUAACCACAUCAGCACGCUGGAACGGGAAAAUAUCAUGCUUCUCAAUGAUGUCAAGCGAUUUGAGUCUCAGCCGAUCAGCGGAAAGAUGGACGAUCGUACAAAACUGUUACUCGGUCGACUCAAAAUGCUUGAAUCGGAGAACUCAGCAUUGGUGAUGGAGAAUGAACAACAACGACAACAGUAUGAGAAGUGUCUCGACGAGAUCGCUAAUCAAGUUGUUCAGGCCUUACUGGCUCAAAAGACCCUGCGAGAGGAGUGUGUGAAGCUACAAGGACGAGUCCAAGACCUCGAAUACCAGAAUCAUGAACUGAACAGCAUGUUCCAGCAAAAGGUUAAGUACGACCCCUCUAUUCAGGACGCUGUCUUACCAAGCGUAUCCAUGGCAACAGUGAGCGCAAGUGUGACCUCCACAUCCACACCUGAACAGAUUUCUUCCACGGCCAUGGCCCUCACACAGACUAUGCAUCUCUCCCCUAUGUCCCAGUACGUUCUACAGACCAAAGUGGCCCAGAAAUGCCUUGGCCAGUACAUGCCUGGGGAGUGUACCGAUUCUCUACACAGUAUAUGUAGUAAUUAUGUACGUAAACAACAUGGACUUGCGUCUUCUGCUGGUUCAACCAAAGUGCCCUCUGGUGGUGAACAAAACAACGAAUUUAACUGUAGGACAAAAAUAGAAACUGAGUUUCCUGCUAAUAAUUCAAGUCCGAAAAUGAAACAUGUCAACAUUAUGGAACGAGCCAAUCAAAAACGGCAACGAAGCUCAUCAACUUCCUCUUUACAAUCAAAUUCAAACUCAAGGUCAGCAAAAACAAGGUCAACAGCUUCACUCAAUAAGAGCAAAUUAGGUCAAGCAGGGUCUAACGGAUCAAAAACUUCCCUGUCAGGGAGUCAACGUGAACUCUGUAUGCAGAGUGAUGCAAUGUCAGGAAAGCGGAGUGUGUCACACCCAGACCACAUUGACAAAGGGGUGACAAACACUCAUGCUCCGAAAUCUGUCCGAAAUCCACAAGGUGGCUCAGUUGGCAAAUUCAGCCAAUUCCAACAACGAGAACGGUCUUCCUCUGCUUCAUCAAUACCUAUUAAAAGGGGAAGUAACUCAGGAUGUGGAAAAAUGCAAAAGUCCAUUCCUCAAGUAUCUUCCCACUCCAAACUACCCUUAAAAUCUCAGGAAUCAAAUGAUAAUUUGUUAAGAAACAAGAAAUUCUCAGACAAUGUGAAAUCUAGUAGUUGUGGCAAAGUUCAAGGCCACAGAAUUAGAAAAGAAAUGGACCUUAAGGUCAUGACUUCAAGUGCAGGGGCUGAAGUGAAAGAUAAGAUGGCAGCUUUACGCCAAACAUUUGGAAGUCCUCCUCGAGUUCCGUUGCUGCCAAAUGGCCAGUACUUCUAUGAUUACAGUGACGAGGAUAGUGACUUCAAUAGACCUGUGUCCGCAGACUUCAGCAAUACCUCUACAAUAUCAUUAAAUGAAAUCCUAGACAAUAGUGAUGACACAGAUACCUUAUUGGAAGAAGAUUUUACAACAGAAAACUUUGCUUUCUUUGAGUCACCAUCUUUCGUGAAAAAAUACCACAGGCAUUGUGACCGCCAAAAGUCGAGGGUUGAUUCAAAGAAUGUAGAAAUCCAUGACAAAGGAGUUCCAGGUGCUAGACUUCAUGGUAAACCUGAUAUUAUACAAGACACUGAAAACAGUGAACUUCAGAACCAAGGCAAAUGUCCAAGAAGUCCAUACAUUCCAAAGAAACGUAAUUCCCUGCAACAUAGUAAACGAAAACACAGCACGCAGCGCCCUAGCUCACUUAUCUUAGCUCCUCGUGAAAAACAGUUCAUGCAUCAACGAUAUAGUUCUUCUUCUUCAAGUUUAGACAGUUCUGAUAGUGAUGAAACCUGGUCGCCGAGGUUCGCAAGGAAGUAUCAUCAAAUCAAACAGGGUCGAGUUAAACCAAGAUCUCAUGUGAGUCAAACUUCAUCAGAAAGCACGCCUUCUCCACCUAACGUUUCUUCAAGAGGAGUUCAUUCAGGGGAAACAACUCCAUUAGAAAAUCGUGAUUUCAUAUCUCCAGAUAGGCCUGCUGCUGUGAUGACAAGUUCGUCUGAAACUGUUCCUAACCUGACAAAUUCUCUCACAAAGAGAAAGGGGCCACCACCCCCUGUUCCAAGCAAACCUUCCACAGGCAGGAGGUCACCUGGAAUUCGUAUGGGGCUGCAAUCCCCUGGAUUCAGACAUAACAAAAAGGAAACAACGAUUGUGCAGGAUUUAAAAGAUGUGUUACCAAAAUGUCAGGAAAUUAAAACCGAUGCUUACCACCAUCAACAACAUGUGGAUUACACAACAACGGCUACAGAACCUCAGAUAGAGGUUCAAAUGAACCAGAAAAUCAUUGUGUCGGCCGAGUUGAGUUUUGACAAGGCUGAAAAAGUUGAAAGAUCAGGUAGUAAGGACGAUGGAUAUUCCACAAUGUCAAGUGAUAUUCAACCAGAAGCUAUGGAGAAGUUCAACGACGCCUCCAUACAAAAUAAGGAUUUGGGUGUCAAAAAAGAGACAAUAGCUAAGGUUAAUGAACCACCGCCUGCACCUGUGACAGUGGUGAAAGUUAGUAAGCCAGAUUUGACCUCUGACCCUGAUUCAGCAAUGGAUAGUUCAACUCACAGCACAGAAAUGAGAAAUUCCACCCACAGUCUUUCUUCACAGAAUUCUAAUUCAAGUGAAGAUCGUGCAGCAGUGUGUGGGUCCUUGGGACGAGUCAAGGCCAUGAAAAUCCUUUUCGAGGCUGAAAACCAAAAGCAAAAUGAUAGCAAAUUCAUGAAAUUUCCCCUGAGAAAAUCUCCGUCCAUGGAUAGUAAGCUUAGUAGCAAGGACACGCAGGAACGGAGAAAUCUCAAUCGCAGGUCACUUGGUGAUGAUUUUAAAAUGUUUGUUCCAGAAAUACAUCAAAAUCACUGGAGUGGAGAGGUCAAUAAGGUCAACUCAGAAGAGGUACCAGAGGAGUGUGAUCCUCCGAUGCCUGAUAAUAGUAUGGAUAUUCCAGGAUUGGACGUGGACGAAGAGGAGGAAACUGAUGAACGGAGUUCUCUCCCAUCACUUCCUGUUUUUCAUCAUGUACAAACACUUAAUAUCAGUGAGGAGAAUUUCCUUUCUGAUAUUCCUGAGGAGAAGGAUGAAUGGGAAGCUUCAACCAAUUCCUGUGACAAACUGCUGGAUGAUUCACUCCGAAAUCUCGAGUCAUCGACAAAGUAUUACGCUCACCUUCAACUCCUUCAGACAUUCAGUUUAAAACGGUACUGGUGCUCAACUGAAGGUUUAGCACGGGUUCUCUCUGACAGUGACCUUUCUUCAUUGUCAAAGGUCAAGGACAUCAAUAUAUUUGAUGACCUUGUGGUUGAAAGCAAAGUCACCAAGCCUCUAGAAAGGUCAGUGUCAUUAUCUGACAUGUACACCAAGAGAACAAAAAUGGUCUCCAAAAUGAAGGUCAUACCUAAACUGGGUAGGAAGCCAUUGAAGAGUGAUAGACAGGAAAAGAACACCAUGAGAAAGCAAAUACUGCAACAGCUGGCCCGCGAGGUAGAGAGCGAAUCGGAUGAGGACAACUCUAUUCACCAAUUUCAUUCAUUGUUGAUACAGAACCAUGUACGAAGCACCCAACAGGUCUCUUGUCCAUCAAGAUCAUCAAGCAAAUAUGCUGGCCCCUCUGAUUUCUCAGAUCCCCAAAGCAAUAGUUCCCAGCAUGAUCAUGCGACAGGUAAUGGGUCCAUGGAAGCAUUAGUGCUGCCCUCUGGUGAGGAGAUGAUUAGUGAACAAGGGAGACAAUUUAGUAGCAAAGAGGCCAGCCCAGCUCCUGACAUUGAACAACAAGGCAAGUUUCGAAGUGACUAUUAUAGUCUCUGUAAUGUUGGAUCAAAUCGUAGUCUGCUCUCAAGUGGAAAUGAAGGUGACAUAGAUGUUCAACCAAACAGCGAGCCUCUUCCUCAUACCUGCCAAAAUGGAGACAAUGCAAAUUGUGAACAGUGUUGUAUCAGUGGUAACAAUCAGGAGUUUGACGAGAUUUCGCGACAGUUAGAAAGCCUGUCUAAGACAGUUAAUGCACUGCAUCAGAGUUUGACGAGCCUCAAUAGCUGUAAUACAGACAACGAUUCAAACGAGGAUCAUUCUGAGUUGUUUAACACACCAGCUGAGAAUUACAAAGACACUGAAGGCUACCAGUGGGUGGAAGAUGAAUUCUACCUCACUCCCUGUGGGGGAGAAUUGAUUAUGGGAAACUCUCCAUUUUCCGAGACCGGAGCAUGUUGUGAUUGGGUAAAUGAAUAUGCUGAUGAUACUUCCUGUAAUGAUGAAUUUGAGUUCUAUGGCAAUUUUUCGUCAGCUGAUAUUGGUGGAUUGGGUGAUGUUAAGUCUGUAUAUCCUACAAUUACUGAGGAAGAAAAAGACGUAGACACUUCUAUACCAGCUCCACCUGCUGGGGCCAAGGGAGAGAACUCUCCAAAAGUCAAAAGGCCAACAAUGUUAGAUCAUCAAUUGGAGCGAACACAAUCUGAAAGUUCGGUUGUGCUUGACCCUCAGACGCGGGCAGCCAUGCUGGAUUCAAUGAUUCAGUUGAGUGGAGGCAGUAUGGAUAGCUUGGAUGAUAACAUCGGAGUUGACCAUGUUAUGUGCUCACGUCUCAUGGGCAGGGGAGAUAAAAUGGAAGCCCUGAGGUCUCCAACCAAAGUGAAUCGUCCUGCCAUGGAUUUGUCAAAGUUCUUCCUACGAUUUGGUGACAAGGAGAUGGAGGCAAUGGCAGCGUUUGACUUUCUCAAUGAUAUGACACCUUCUCCGAACCCGCGUCAUCCUCCACCACCUGACCAAUCAGCCAGCUCUGAGGAGAGACAGGAGAAGACUGACAGAACAGGAUCUCUGGAGGAAUCUCUGACAAAAGCUGAAUCAAUGUCGCCAUCUGUUAAACCUAGUGUCGAGCACAAAGAAUCUGUUCCUCUGGUAAAAUCAAAAUCUCAGGUAACAGGUUCACCAAAGCCAACCCAGACAUCAACAGGAAAGGUCACUCCUGCUCUUAAGCAAGCCCAGAGAUUUGCUGCAGGUUCACCAACAGCGAUUGGAAUACAUGCACAUAAAAACGAUUCUAAAGUUGUUCACAAACAGGACCAUGGAUCGUCUGAGAAAUGUUCUACAAAGCAUGGACAUGGACCGGCUGCGGGGUCAGCUGGUGCUCAAAAGCAUACAAUGGGAUUGGUUGUUCACAAGUCUGUGCCUUCAUCCCAACAUCAGGAAUCAACUGCCACAGUGCCUAAUGCCACAGAUUCGAAGAACAAUCUCCAGAAAACAGACAAAUUACAUGCUUCUGUUUCAGAUAAGAACCAAACAGGGACCAGUGCAAGUGUUUCUUCUCCUAAACCUACCCGCAUGGGGUUCUUCCGACGGAAAAAUUCUAGUUCUGAUAAGAAAACAAGUUCAGAAGAAAAGCCUUCAAAACUACCGAAGAAGUUUUCUCAAAAUUCAAAGGAAAAAGAAAAAGAGAAGGAAAAAGAUAAAUCCAAAAUUCCUAAAGCUGUGAAACAGGAACAAACACAAAAUAAACCUACACGUAGGUUUUUACGCUCUAGUGGAAAAUCCUCAUCUGUUACAAAUAUAUCUUCCUCCCCCAGCCACAAGUAAAAUCAAUAAAGGGAGGUUACUCAAGGGUCCAAGGGAGAUAACUAGGGCAGGGAUUUAAAAAAACAAAAAAGAAUCAGGAACAUUUUCGUACAAGAUAUUUACACAUUAAAGUAUUUCAUUACAUUCAUGUGGAUUAUAAAUACUCAUGUAACAUUUAAUUAAGUCAACUGGAUUUAGGGCAAUUUUUUAUGAAAAAUAAAAACUUUGAAAAAAAAAAUAUAUGUGAUUAUAUACCUUGCUUCAUCUUCAACAAUUGU